AUGCUUCUUGAUGAACUUAAAGACAAUAAAAUUACAUAUGAUCUUUUAUUAAUUAUUUACUGUUAUAAAAAUAGAAUAUUAAUAACUGUAGACCAGUAUAAAUUUAUAAAUCUUUGUGUUAAAAAAUGUGAUGAUAAGACUUACGAUAUGUGGAAUAAAAUUAAAAAACAAAACAAAUUUAUUAUCUUAAUAUAG